UUCACACUGGAUCCAAACACAGUAUAUAAAAACCUCCAUCUGUCUGAGGAGAACAAAGUGGUGACCUGCAGUGAAACAUUACAGUCGUAUCCUGAUCAUCCAGAUAGAUUUGAUUAUUACCCCCAGGUUCUGUGUAGAGAGAGUGUGAGUGGGCGCUGUUACUGGGAGGUUGAGUGGAGUGGGUAUAAGUGGGUUUAUAUAGCAAUGUCAUAUAAAAGCAUCAGCAGGAAAGGACGUGGUGUUGAGUGUUUGUUUGGACGUAAUGAUCAGUCCUGGAGUUUGUUCUGUUCUCCAUCCAGAUUUUCAUUCUGGCACAAUAAUAAAGAGACUAUAAUUCCCAUAAUGCCGAGUUCCUCUAGAAUAGGAGUGUAUGUGGAUUAUAAAGCAGGAACUCUGUCCUUCUACAGCGUGUCUGAUACAAUGAAGCUCCUCCACAGAGUUCAGACCACGUUCACUCAGCUCCUCUACCCGGGGUUUCGUCUUUAUUUAAGAUCAAAAGUGAAAUUGUCAGAUUUAACAAAUUAA